ACUGUGCUCAGCCUACUUGACAACAUUUGCCACGACCCCUACCUAAUCAUUGACAUAUUUGUCAACUUCGACUGUGAUGUGGAGUCACCAAACAUCUUCGAAAGAUGUUUGCAGGAUUGUCAACGGCCUUCUUAAAACUGCUCUAGGGCCUCCUCCUGGUUCUUCGACAACUUUAACCCCGGUCCAGGAUAUUACUUUUCGGCACGAAUCAGUGAAGUGCUUGGUUAGAAUUAUUAAGGCAAUGGGAACAUGGAUGGACCAACAAUAUAGCAUCGGAGAAUCACUUUUGCCUAAGAGCGUAGAAAAUGAGGCUUCUGGAGAGAAUUACUCAAACCCAAAUGAAGAAGACGUGAAAACUACAGAUCAUGACUUCCACCCAGAUUUGAUUUCCGAGUCAUCAGACGCUGCAACUCUUGAACAGAGGAGGGCAUACAAAAUUGAACUCCAGAAAGGGGUCACUCUAUUCAAUAGAAAGCCGUCAAAGGGCAUUGAGUUUCUUAUAAGCUCUAAAAAGGUUGGCAGCUCCCCAGAUGAGGUGGUUUCCUUCCUGAGGAAUACCACAGGCUUGAAUGCCACCACGAUCGGUGAUUAUUUAGGUGAAAGAGAGGAGUUCCCAAUGAAAGUUAUGCAUGCCUAUGUAGACUCGUUUGAUUUCAAGGAGAUGAAUUUUGGUGACGCAAUUAGGUUUUUCUUAAGGGGGUUCAGGCUUCCGGGGGAAGCACAGAAAAUUGACCGCAUAAUGGAAAAGUUUGCUGAACGCUUUUGCAAAUGCAAUCCAAAUUCAUUCAGCAGUGCUGACACAGCAUAUGUUCUUGCAUACUCCGUGAUAAUGCUUAACACUGACGCCCAUAAUAUCAUGGUUAAAGAAAAGAUGACCAGGGAUGAUUUUAUUAGAAAUAACCGAGGCAUUGAUGAUGGCAAAGAUCUUCCAGAAGAGUACCUUGGUGCGCUUUAUGACCAAGUUGUCAAAAAUGAAAUAAAGAUGAGUUCUGAUUCUUCUGCUCCCGAAAGCAGGCAGUCCAACGGCCUGAAUAAGCUUCUGGGUCUUGAUGGUAUACUCAAUCUGGUUUAUUGGACACAGACAGAAGAGAAAGCGGUAGGGGCUAACGGUCUUCUUAUAAAGCAUAUUCAAGAAACGUUCAGGUCGAGGACUGGAAAAUCAGAAUCAGCUUACCAUGUCGUCACAGAUGUUGCAAUAUUGCGUUUUAUGGUUGAAGUCUGCUGGGGACCAAUGCUUGCCGCAUUCAGCGUUACACUUGAUCAGAGUGAUGACAGGCUUGCUGCAGUUGAAUGCUUGCGAGGCUUUCGGUAUGUCGUUCAUGUUACAGCAGUUAUGGGUAUGCAUACGCAAAGAGAUGCAUUUGUCAAUUCCAUGGCCAAGUUCACAAAUCUCCAUUGCGCAGGAGAUAUGAAACAAAAGAAUGUUGAUGCUGUUAAAGCUAUCAUAUCAAUUGCCAUUGAAGAUGGUAACUACUUGCAAGAUGCUUGGGAGCAUAUUCUGACUUGUCUUUCUAGAAUUGAGCAUUUGCAAUUACUGGGUGAGGGUGCUCCAAGUGAUGCAUCUUAUUUUGCUUCAUCCGAGACAGAAGAGAAGAAAGCCUUGGGGUUUCCCAAUUUGAAGAAAAAAGGAGCCCUCCAGGAUCCGGUGAUGAUGGCUGUUGUUCGAGGGGGGUCAUACGAUAGCAGUGCCAUUGGACCAAAUGUGUCGGCUCUUGUGAGGCAGGAUCAAAUCAAUAACUUCAUUGCAAACUUGAAUUUGCUUGACCAGAUCGGGAGUUUUCAGUUGAAUAAUGUGUAUGCACAUAGCCAGCGUUUGAAGACUGAAGCCAUAGUAGCAUUUGUCAAAGCUCUGUGCAAAGUCUCAAUGUCAGAACUGCAGUCUCCCACGGAUCCUCGAGUAUUUAGCCUCACAAAAUUGGUUGAGAUCGCCCACUACAACAUGAACCGUAUCAGGCUAGUCUGGUCCCGCAUAUGGAGCAUACUGUCAGAUUUUUUUGUAUCUGUAGGCUUAUCAGAGAAUCUUUCUGUUGCAAUAUUCGUUAUGGACUCACUACGACAGCUUUCUAUGAAGUUCUUGGAACGCGAAGAGCUGGCUAAUUACAACUUCCAGAAUGAAUUUCUUCGACCAUUUGUCAUUGUUAUGCAGAAAAGCAGUUCUUCUGAAAUUAGAGAACUAAUAGUUCGGUGCAUUUCUCAAAUGGUACUCAGCCGUGUCAGUAAUGUGAAAUCAGGGUGGAAAAGUGUUUUCAAGGUUUUCACAACUGCAGCAGCUGAUGAAAGGAAGAAUAUUGUGGUGUUGGCUUUUGAGACAAUGGAGAAAAUUGUCCGAGAGUAUUUUUCAUAUAUCACAGAGACGGAGGCAACGACUUUUACUGAUUGUGUUAGAUGUCUUAUAACUUUCACUAACAGCAAGUUUACCAACUAUGUUAGCCUGAAUGCCAUCGCGUUUCUACGAUUUUGUGCAUUAAAACUUGCAGACGGAGGCCUUGUAUGGAAUGAGAAGGGUAGGUCUAGCAGUCCCAGUACUCCAGUAACAGAUGAAUAUGCAGCAAAUACCCAAAAUUUUAUGGAAAUAGAUGAGAACAUAUCAUAUUGGGUUCCUUUGCUCACAGGGUUGUCUAAACUAACUUCUGAUUCCAGAUUAGAAAUUCGUAAAAGCUCCUUGGAAGUGCUCUUUAAUAUUUUAAAGGAUCAUGGCCAUCUGUUUUCACGAAUGUUCUGGAUCGGCGUUUUCAGUUCUGUUAUACAUCCUAUAUUUAACAGUGUGUGGACAGAGAAUGAUCUACUUUCUAAAGGACCAUCCACAUUUUCUUCACAUUCUAAUGGGGUUUCUUGGGAUGCUCAGACUUCAGCUAUGGCGGCAGAGUCUCUGGUGGACCUAUUUGUCAGUGUUUUCGAUGUGAUAAGGUGUCAGCUUUCAAGUGUGGUAUCUUUACUUGCUGGUCUUAUAAGAAGUCCAGCUCAGGGUCCUACAGUAGCUGGUAUCGGUGCGUUGCUUCGAUUGGCAGACAAAUUGGGUGGGAGGUUCUCCGAAGAUGAGUGGAAGGAGGUAUUUUUGGCGGUGAAAGAGGCUGCGUCAUUGACAUUGUCUAGUUUCAUGAAGAUACUGAGAACUAUAGAUGACAUUCAAGAUGAGGAAACAUCGUCUGAUCAGGACUAUAGUAAUGAAGAUGACGUGGACGAGGACAACCUGCAAACCAUGUCUUAUGUUGUUUCGAGGACAAAGGGUCACAUAACCGUCCAGUUACAAGUUGUUCAGGUAAAGUACAAAAAUGUUCUGCUAUGCAACGAGUUGCCAAGCUGUGUCUCAUGCCAGCAUAUUGACUAUGUAGUGACCAAUCUCUACCGGAUCCAUCAGCAGUCAUUGUUGGCAUCUCACGUCACAGUUAUACUAGAGAUACUCUCGUCAAUCACAUCACACGCCCACCAGCUAAAUUCUGAUUUGAUACUGCAGAAGAAAGUGAGGAGGGCAUGCUCCAUCUUGGAGCUCUCUGAACCUCCCAUGCUUCAUUUCGAAAAUGACACGCACCAGGACUACCUAGACGUUCUUCAAGACCUACUAACAUACAGUCCAGGAGUGUCCUUGGAGCUAAAUAUAGAGUCUCAACUGAUUACAGUGAGUAUAAAAAUUCUGAAGAUGUACCUGAAGUGCACAUUGUUUGAGGGUGCAGAGUUGGAAGAAAUCAGGCAGCCCAAAAACUGGAUUCUAUCCAUGGGAGCAGCAUCGAAGGCAGAAGCAGCAGCGAGGUCUCCUUUAGUGAUCUCGGUGCUGAAGGCACUGAUGGGACUGAAAAGAGAUUCGUUCAAGAGGUGUGCACCAAACAUUUUCCCGUUGUUGGUGGAGCUUGUGCGUAGUGAGCACAGCUCCUCACAAGUCCCACAAGUCUUAAGCACCGUGUUCCAAUCGUGUAUGGAUCUAAUGAUGGGUGAGUAGAAUAGGAUGGUUAUAUAUUUGUGUUGAAUCUUGCAUUCGAGCACCUGAAGGGAAGAUUGCUAGCAUACAGAAACUCGUCAUUUCUUGUUUUGUGUGUUUAGUUGCUAGUGAUGACACAGAGUAAUGAAUUGUUGUUAUAGAAGCUAAGAAUAUGACGAUAUAAGAUUCCGGGAUCAUUACA